UAGGCCUAAAUAUUGACCUAGAAAAAUACUUUUGACGGACCUUAGCACAGAUACUUUGUGACAUGGCGGACGGGGAGCGGCGGACCUACGCCUACAUUGUUGUUGGCUGCGGGGGCGUGGGUAGUGCUGCCCUCUAUUGGCUGGCAAAGAGAGCAGGGAAAGAUGUGUUGGGAUUGGAGCAGUUUAAAUUAGGUCAUGAUAAUGGAGGAUCGCAGGACCAUUCCAGGAUCAUACGCCUGGCCUACCACGAUGAUAUGUAUACCAAGCUGACUCCAGACACCUAUAAAGCUUGGGAGGAAGUAGAGAAAGAAGCAGGUGUACAGCUGGUGUAUAAAACAGGGGGAGUUAACUGGGCCAAAAAGGCUGAGAUGGGGCACCUGAUCGACAAAUACGCCGUGGCAAUGGACGCCAACAACAUCCGAUAUCAGAGGCUGACAGGCUCCGAACUUCACGCCAAAUUCCCGCAGUUCGAGACUUCCGACGAGUACACGGCUAUCUACGAGCCAAUGGCGGGUCUCGUCGACGCUGCGAUGGGUAACGCAGUGCACGUUCAACUCGCACGUGCGCACGGCGCCACUGUCAUUGAAAACUGUCCUGUUCAGAGAAUUGAGAAAAUGUCAGAUGGAUGGAUAAAAGUUUAUACUCCGAAGGGCAUGUUUGUAUGCCGGAAGUUGAUCGUGUCGGCAGGUGCGUGGAUAAAUCACGUGCUGGGUUCUAUCGGGCUCCAUAUACCUGUAUACGUCACUCAGGAACAAGUCACAUACUUCGCCACACCUCACAUCAAGGAGUUUACAAAAGAAAAUUAUCCUAUUUGGAUUUACCAUUCUGAGAAGUAUGAUUUUUAUGGACUUCCAAUUCAUGGCAAUUCCGGAAGUAAGAUUGGCAUUGACGCUGGCGGCCCUGUGGUUACCGCUGAUAGCCGGAACUUCAACCCAGAUCCGGUCCGUGAAAAAGCAUGCAUUGACCACCUGAAGAAGACAAUUCCACGGUCGCUGGGUCCUUUGAUGUAUACCAAGACCUGUUUAUACACAAUGCCACCAGACCGCCAUUUUAUUGUAGACACUUGCGGAAAAAGGGUCAAAGGUUACGACGACGUCAUUUUGUGCUGUGGAGCUGGCCACUGUUAUAAGUUUGCCAGCCUUCUGGGCAGGAUUCUGAGUGAGAUGGCCAUUGAUGGGGAAACCCGCUAUGACAUCUCUAAAUUUAAUAUCGACAGACCAGCGUUAACAGAACCUGGUUGGAAACCCCAGCUAUUCAUGGGAACAGGCGGGAAAGUACCAACCAAAGAUUCAAAGCUCUGAAGACGAGAAAAUUUCAUAUAAUGAAGUUUCCUAAUUUCAAAAUAGAAUAUUACAGAAAUGAAAAUUCACGGACGGAAUGGUUGAAAUAUUUGAAUGGACAGUUGGGUGUGAAAAUAGGAAGUCGAUUUCUAAAAUCGCCUUUUUCCUUUUUUUAAUUCGAGCACCCAAAAUGCAUGUAGUUUGACAUUGUAAGGUAAUAAUAAAAUAUCCACAUCUUCAUUUCUCGAAAGAA